CGCCAGUAUCGAAGCAUUCAACUAUUCAAUGCGUUACAACGACUCAUACAUGCACUAAUACAUUAAAAAAUAGCAUAGUCGUGCGGAAUAUUAAAUUAGUUGUGUGUAGCAUGAAAAUACAACUGCCACAUUGCCUUAUAAAAUAUGGCAGAUAAAGAGCAUCACGUGCACUUUAGCGGAGCAAGUGGCCCCGGAAAAGACAACAAAAUUGUGAUACAACCGCAACGACAUGGACAAAUAGAUGUUCAUCUUGGAUUCUUACAACUUCAUCAUAGAUAUCAUAUUGAAUUCUCCAUUCCUUGGGAUCUAUGCAUUCAUAACGAAAGAAAUAGUAAUGAACCUGCGAUAAUCACGGAAUAUCAUAAUCCCUAUUGUCAUAUUAUAGAGUUAACACAUGAAAAGGAAAGCUUAAAGUUAAAAAUAGAAUUUUUAGCAUAUAAGGAAAAAAUCUUAAAAGAAGAAGUUCAAAUAAUAUGCUGCAAAGCUGGAAUUCCAUUAAUAAUCCAACUGAACGCACGCGUAUUGGGAAAAGACAAAGGGACGCCAUUACUAAGGACUGGAAUACACAAUAUCGGUCUAUUGAAACAACCAAAAGAAGAUGAGGUGCUGGGUACAAAAUUGAAGGCAUCUUUAAGUAUGCGAAACCAAGAAGAUCUUUGAACAAAACACUGAGAUUGAGAUAUACAAAGAAAUGCAUCUAAUAGAGGACGUAUAAUAAGAGGGAAAACUGAUGCAUGAGAACGUUACUUAUUUCGAACUUUAAUCGUGCAAAACGUAAGUUAGCAUUACAAUGAAAUUCAUCGUUGCGGUCAAUUAUUAAUGAUGUUUUAAUCUUAAGAGAAGUACGUACACGUACGUUUAAUUUCAAGUAUAGCGAAUGUUUUAUCUAUCGAGAUUAAUUUAAUUAUAAUCUAUUUCUGCACGAUGUAACUUUCGAAAUAUGCGAUGUUCUUAGAAAAAAAAA